AUGGGGUUGCUGAUGUUGGUACUCCUGAGACUUAAUUUAAAACCCCCCUUCGAAUUGGCUUAAAUACCAACUAUGAAUCAAAUUGCCUCAACUGGACUUGCUGGCUUGAUGGAUCCAGUCGAACCAGGGCUAUCUUGUGGAAGUGACACAGCUCACAUGAGCAUUUUUGGUUAUGAUCCAUUUACAUUUUACAGAGGCAGAGGAGCAUUUGAAACAAUGGGCUCUGGAAUUGAUAUGGAAGUAGGAGACAUAGCAUUCAAAUGUAAUUUCGCAUAUAUCGAAAAUGGAAUUGUGAAAUUAAGAAGAGUAGACAGAGAAUUCCCUGAAUGGGGUCUUCCUUUGAUUGAUGCUCUCAACACUCAACUAAAGACUCCCAUUUAAAUACAAGCAAAUCACGCAACAGAACAUCGAAUUGGAUUGAAAGUAGUGUCAAAUCAUUAUUCGGGUGAAUUGUCAGAUGAAAUCAUAGGCACUGAUCCACUCAAAGAUAAUCUACCCUUGAGAUAAGCUAAACCAAAAGUACAAUGCGAAAAGGCUAUCAGGACUGCCAAAAUUAUAAAUGAACUAUCCGAUUCCAUACAUUAAAUGCUAUCUGAACAUCCUAUUAAUAUACAAAGAUAAUAGUAAGGACUACCCACAGCUAACAUUGUACUCUUGAGAGGAUGUGGAUAAAGAAUUAAAGUUCAAAGCUUCUAAGAGAAGUAUGGUUGGAAGGGGGCAGUCAUUGCUCCUACAGCCAUUAUCUAAGGAUUAGGAAAGACCAUUGGUUUGGAAUGGCAUCAUGUUGAGGGUGCUACAGGAGACUAUAAUAGCAAUUUCAUUAACAAAGCAAAAAAAGCAAGUGAAUUAUUAGAAAAUGAUUAUGACUUUGUAUUCUUACACAUCAAAGCAGUUGAUGAUGCAGGACAUGACAAAAAUAAAGAUCUCAAAAUUAAGUAUAUAUAGAAGGUGGAUGAAAUGCUUAAUUAUUUUGUGGAUAACACUAAACUGCAAGAUGCUGUGAUAGCUGUUACUGGUGAUCAUACUACUCCAUAUGCUUAUGGAGAUCACACUUUUUAGAGUGUUCCAUUUAUCGUUAGCAAAUUGAGUUUAUUGAAUGGAAAGAAGAAUGAUGUUUAAUUUAAUGAGAUUUCAUGUUUAAAAGGGUCUUUGGGUAGAUUUUGUGGAAAAUAAGUGAUGUAAAUUAUAAAAUAGUAUAGUUCAUGA